GGUUUCGCAGAAUUGACUGAAAUGAAAAAAAGCGCUGCACGAUCGAGAUGCUACGCCAAUGCUACACGUUCUUUUAGUUGAUCGGUAUGGCUGCCGUGAAACUCGCGGACAGAUCGCGUCGCGACACGCAAGCGAGCGUCGUCGUGUGUCCUUAAAUGCAACUUUCAUUCAACGGUGCACGAAGUAAAUACACGUAAAUAUUAUUCGAGUGUGCGCAAGUGAUUAACGACAUAACUGUAAAUCGUUUGAACUAGCGAAAAAUUAUGAAAGGAUUGAAAGAUCAGCCGAAAAGAAGUGAAAUCGUGACGGGCUUAAAAACAUCAAAGUCGAAUACGGCGGCGAUUGAGACAGAGAGAAAAUUGAUACGAUUUUUUUUUUAAAUUCAUCACUAACUAAACGUCAGUUGUGUCAAGUGUGUUCGCAAUUUUCAUUCCGUUAUAAAAUGUGAUCGUUCUAACAGCUUGCGCUGAUUAAUUAUUCGAAUCGAGAGAAAGUCGACAGGUGUUUUGAACGGCAGACACGUCGUUCAAAUUUGAAAUCGUCGACAAAUUUCGUGUUUGCGAAUCGAGUGCAUCGAAUUAAUCGAAAAGUAUGGGGUUACGUGUGUACGAUAUACUGGUGAAAAUCGAUUUGAAAAUAUCGAAUUCAAAAUAUCUGCUCGUGUAAAGUUCCAGGAGGUAUGUUCGUUCGCGAUUGUUUCCCGUUGUGUUCAGUGAAUGAUUGAAGUCGGAUAUGAAGGACAUAAAAGGAUCACCGCAGAAAAAACGGGAAAAAUAGCGGAUGCAUCGAACAAGUGAUAUGAAUGACAGAUGCGUGUUCAUAUAGACACGACACAUCUUUUAAGGUGCUCCGGAUUAGCGUGGCUCGAUUCGCGCAUAUCGAACCACGAUAUCGGCGGCUCGAAUGCGGACGCAUUGAUAUUUAAUGUACCGUAGAUCAAUGUAACGCAAUGUUCGUCAGAUUGACCAUCGCAAUUACGGCAUUUUGCCUGUGGAACGGGGCUGGGAGUCAAUAUAGUGAUAAUACACCUCCUGUCAUGUGGAUAGAUCGAAAUUUGGUACUUCAAGAUUCGGAACCCGUUGGAAGUGUUGUGACAAGAGCACGUGCCGAGGACGCUGAACAAGAUCAACUAACCUACGGUUUGGAACCUCUUGAACAUGACUAUAAUGGAAACGACAGUCCGCACUCGCCGCUUCCCUUCUACAUCGACAAUCGCACUGGAAUUAUCUACGUUAAUGAAACGCUCAAAGACAAAGGAGGGCAGAACCUGUUCCUCUACGUGACCGUCUCCGAUGGACAACUCACAACAAAGACCGAGGUCUACAUCACCAUCAAGAAUACUUCAAGUCCCAAUGGAGGACACACUAGGAACCCAUUUCCGGGUCAACAUCCUUCCGGUGGAAGGAUACGACCGCCACUAAUAGGUCUUCCUUCCCUACAAAACUACCCUCGACCAUCGUUACAUCAUAAGCCGGUGAUACCAUCACCGAUAGCAUCACUGCCUAAUAUACCUAAAACAACGAAAUUACAACCAGAGGAAAGAAAACAAAAUGAGAGUGAUCUCAAUGGUGGCGGCACCGGUGGCCUCGAAGAGUCUACGGAAGAGAAUGAGGUCGAGGGGCCGCCCCUUAGCUCAAAAAUUGCACCUGCAGAAGCACCGCCUUCUCAAGAUAUAGCGAUGACCUUGGUACCUGUUACCGCGGUCUGCGUUCUUGUAGUGGGCCUUGGGAUGGGUGCUUGGUCUUUAAGAAGUAAAUUCUGCGGCAACAGGAAAUCCAAGGAAGACACGAAAGAACAGGCUUCUGUUAGUGUCUCGAAUAUCUCGGACGACCCAUCUCUUGUUCUGAAAAGAUGGCGGGGUCCAAAAGCGCACAACAACAGAUAUGAACCCUGGGAAAAGGAAAAUCAAUCUGUACAAAAUAAACAGGAAGAUAAAUGGGAAUUUCCACGCCAUCGAUUGAAGGUGUUUAACAUCCUUGGAGAAGGUUGUUUUGGUCAAGUGUGGAAGUGUGAAGCAUUGGAUAUCGAUGGAAAAGCAGGUGCAACUAUUGUUGCAGUAAAGACUUUAAAAGAAAAUGCUACAGAAAGAGAACGCUUAGAUCUUGCUCAAGAAUUAAGAGUUAUGAAAAAUUUAGAUCCUCAUCCUAAUGUAGUGAGAUUACUUGGUUGUUGUACAGAACGCGAACCCAUGUUCGUGAUAUUAGAGUAUGUAAGUGGCGGGAAGCUACAAAGUUUCUUAAGGGCAUCUAGAGAAGAAAGAAACCAUGGUGGACCUGGAUUGACAUCCAGAGAUUUGACUGGAUUUGUUUAUCAGAUUGCUAAAGGCAUGGAGCACUUGGCUUCAAAAGGAAUUAUACAUAGGGAUUUAGCUGCAAGAAAUAUAUUAAUCGACGAGAAUCGUGCGUGUAAAGUCGCUGACUUUGGAUUCGCACGAGACAUCGCUGUAAAUCAAAUAUAUGAAAGAAAAUCGGAAGGCAGAUUACCCAUCAGAUGGAUGGCACCAGAAAGCUUAUACGAUAACAUCUUUUCUGUGAAAUCUGAUAUAUGGAGUUUUGGGGUAUUAAUCUGGGAAAUUGUAACAUUGGGUUCUACACCUUAUCCUGGCUUAGCAGCAGCAGAGGUAAUGAGAAGAAUCAAAGAAGGUUACAGGCUAGAUAAACCAGAACACUGUAAGAGAGAAUUGUAUAAUAUUAUGUAUUAUUGUUGGAAUAAAGAUCCAGCCUGCAGACCAUCUUUUGGAGAACUCGUCGGUUUAACUGAAGGUCUUUUACUUGAUGAAACAGAUUAUAUUGAACUAGACAGGUUCCCAGACCACUCGUACUAUAAUGUACUUAAUCUCAGUGGAGAGAAAUUGUAAAUGGUGUAUCUAAAGUGACAUGAAUUUUACGAAUAAUUUUUAACUAAUUUAGAAUUAUGGAGACGUUCAAUUUUAUAUAUUUUUAUCAAAUUCGACUGAUUUACAUUUAUUUUUAAUAUAUGAUUUUUGCUGCAAUUCAAAACUGGAUAUACACAGUAUCCAAACACAAUUUAUAAAUUAUUCAUUGAUCAAAAAACUAUUUGAACUAUGCAAAUUAUAAUACUUGUACAUACCAUAUUAAAAGUAUAAUAUAAAGUGAAUGUCAUGAACUAGUCAAAGUUCAAGUAAAUAUUUAAGAUUUAUAGGUAUAUUAAUAUACAUAUCAGAUCCUAUACAUUGUAUAUCACAAAAAAGUUAUUGAAAGUCCAAUGUUUAUAUUUGAACAAGAAUUCAUUUGUACUUAGCUGUAAGAACUGUAUAUAUAUACACAUGUAUACACGGUUUUUUAUAAU